AUGUCAAACUCGAACUCAAACUCGAACACAAUUGCCUCUUCAAAAUCAAUCGAAGAAACCUAUAUUAAACUAUCACCUAUUGAACACGUACUUAAAAGACCAGACACUUAUGUUGGUUCUGUAGAAGCUGUCACAGAAAAACAAUGGAUUUAUAAUUCUGAAGAAGAUAAACUUGAAUACAAAGAGAUUACUUAUGUCCCAGGAUUCUUUAAAAUAUUUGAUGAAAUACUCGUUAAUGCUGCUGAUAAUAAGGCUCGUGAUCCUUUAAUGAAUACAAUCAAAGUUAACAUCGAUAAAGAAAAAGGACAUAUUUCAAUAUACAAUAACGGUAAAGGAAUUCCAAUCGAAAUUCACAAGGAUCUUAAUGUUCAUGUGCCUGAAAUGUUGUUUGGUCAACUUAUGACUUCAUCAAACUAUGACGAUGAUGUAAAAAGAAUCACCGGUGGAAGAAACGGUCUUGGUGCAAAAUCUGCAAAUAUUUUCAGCACUAAAUUCACUGUUGAAACUGCUGACUCAAAUCAGAAAAAGAAAUAUGUCCAAAAUUUUUCAGAAAACAUGAGAAAAACUGAUAGUCCAAAAAUCACUGCUUACAAUAAAAAAGAAGAAUACACCAAGAUAUCAUUUAAUCCUGAUCUUGAAAAAUUUGGAAUGACCGAAUUUACUGAUGAUACUGUCGCUUUGUUGAAUAAACGAGUAUAUGAUACGGCUGGAAUAGUAAAAGAUGUCAAGGUUUUCCUUAAUGAUAAACGUAUACAAGUUAAAAAUUUCAAAGAAUAUGUUCAAAUGUAUCUGAAAUCGGUAAAUACAGAUGCUGCAUCAUCAAAAAUUAGUGUUGUGCAUGAAAAAUUUGGUGAACGUUGGGAGGUUGUCAUUGCACCUAGUGUCGAAGGCCAAUUCCAACAAGUAAGCUUUGUAAACAGUAUUUGCACAUCUAAAGGUGGACUUCACGUUAAACAUGUUACUGAACAAAUCACCGCAAAACUUGCCGAACAUAUUGAAAAGAAAAACAAAGAUCUUAAGGUCAAGCCCCAGCAAGUUAAAAACCACAUCUGGAUAUUUGUUAAUUGUUUAAUUGAAAAUCCCACUUUUGACUCUCAAACAAAAGAAUAUAUGACAUUGAAGCAAAGUUCUUUUGGAUCAAAAUGCACAAUAAAUGAUGACUUUAUAAAAAAAACAAUAAAGAUUGGCAUCAUAGAGAGUAUUGUGAAUGAUCUCAAGUCAAAGCAAGUCCAAGUACUAAAGAAAACAGAUGGCGCCAAAAAAAAUACAGUCAACGUAGAAAAAUUAGAUGAUGCAGUAAACGCCGGGACAAAAAAUGCAUGUAACUGCACAUUGGUGCUGACAGAAGGCGACUCGGCAAAAGCCUUGGCCUUGGCCGGCUUUGAUGUUGUAGGGCAUAACAAUUGGGGAGUUUACCCCUUACGGGGUAAACUGUUAAAUAGUAAAGUGUCUUCAUUAGCUGGCUAUGUUUCUGAAAACUCUGCAUACCACCAUGGCGAAGCCAGCCUUCACUCAACUAUAAUUAGUCUUGCGCAAGAUUUUGUAGGAUCCAACAAUAUCAAUCUACUAGAACCUAUCGGUCAGUUUGGGAAAAGAAAUGACGGUGGUAAAAGUGCUGCAAGUGCACGUUAUAUUAAUACCAGACUUUCUAAAUUUGCAAGGCUAAUUUACCACCCAGAUGAUGAUGUUUUAUUAGACUACCUGAAUGAUGAUGGUAAAAGCAUAGAACCAAAAUGGUAUGUUCCUAUCAUUCCAAUGGUGCUGGUCAAUGGUGCAGAAGGCAUAGGAACAGGUUGGAGCACCAACAUUCCCAAUUUCAAUCCCAAAGACAUUAUCCACAAUUUGAGAAGAAAGAUCAAAGGCGAAGAGAUGAUCCCGAUGCAUCCUUGGUACCGUGGAUUUUAUGGAGAGAUCAAACAAACCGAGCACAAUAAAUACACAUCAUAUGGAAUAAUUUCCAAAAAAGAUGAUACGCAUGUUGUAAUAUCAGAACUACCAAUUCGCAAGUGGACCGAGGAUUACAAAUCCAAAACCCUAAAUGAUUUCAGAGAAAACAACACGAUCAGGAACAUUUCUAGAAACAAUUGCACUAAUGAAAGGGUAGAUCUUGAAAUUGAAUUAACUGUUGAGCAAAUGGAAAAGGCAGAGAAAGAGGGACUUGAAAAAACAUUCCAAUUAACGACUGCUCUGGCAACGUCCAAUAUGAUGUGUUUCGACCCAAACAAUAAACUUGCAAAGUACGACUCUCCAGAAGACAUCAUAAAAGAGUUUUACCACGAACGAUCGAAGCUUUAUGUCAAAAGAAAAAAUCACUUGAUUAAAGAUUUGCAGAAACAAAUUAGUAUAAUGGAGGGUAAAGUAAGGUUUAUUUAUAUGAAGCUUGACUCAACGUUAAAGUUCGAAGGAUUAAAGAAGGCGGAAAUCGUAAAACUUCUUGAAUCCCAUAAAUUUGAGAAAAUAUACGAUGCACAGUCCGAAGAAAAUUCGUCUGAGGGUACCGAGACCAACAGAAACACCAAAGGGUAUGACUACCUUAUGAAGCUUACAUGUUGGGGCUUUAGUAGAGAAGAAGUGGACAAAUAUGAAAAUAAAAAGAAGUCUCUAUAUUCUGAAUUGAAAAUAAUUUCAGAAAUGAGCACCCAAGAUUUAUGGCUAAAGGAUCUCGACGAACUCGAAGCGGCAUGGGACGAGUUCGCUGAUAACGGAAAAUCCAAGUCAAAACAAACUAAGGUUGAUAGAUUUUUUACAAAUAGUAAUAAAUUGAAUAGUAUUGAUAUUGAUGACCACGAUGAUAAUUAUACCGAGGAAAAAAUUGAGAAUAUUAUGGAUGAUGUUGAUAGCAGUGGCAAAGAUUACACUGAACGAAAGACCACAAUUAAAAAGGCAAAUGAAGGAAAAUCCAAAUUGAAAGCUGAAGAUGAUGAAUUUAAAUUGAAUCAUACAACAGCCACAAGCGGUAAAAGUAAGGUGAUCGAAACUAUUGAUGAUGAUGAUACCGAUUAUAUUGAACCACAUGAAACAAAAACUACAACUAAAAAAGCAAACAAAGGAAGAUCCAAGUUGAAAGUUGAAGACGAUGAAUUUAAAUUGAAUCAUAUAACAGCCACGAGCAGUAAAAGAAAAAUAAUUGAAAUGGUGGAUGACGAUGAUGACGAUUAUAUUGAACCACAUGAAACAGAAAUUACAACUAAAGAAGCAAACAACGGAAGAUCCAAGUUGAAAGUUGAAGACGAUGAAUUUAAAUUGAAUCAUAUAACAGCCACGAGCAGUAAAAGAAAAAUAAUUGAAAUGGUGGAUGACGAUGAUGACGAUUAUAUUGAACCACAUGAAACAGAAAUUACAACUAAAAAAAGAAAAUUAAGAACU